UCCAGCUCCACAGCUUUUUUUUUUUUCCUCAGCCGAAAGUGAAGACUUGGAGAUUCCCGGCUUCCAGCCUGAACAAGACUCCUGGAGGCUGAAUGCGCUCAACAUAACAGGACAGAACACCGAGGAACAAAGCGAUCAAAGCGCACAGUCGGCGCACAAACACGUGCUGGACGGAAAUGUGAAGAUCUUUAGCUGUCGCAGCGUUGGAGUAGUCAACAGUAACCGGGAAAGAUGGCGAGGACGCAGGCUCGCAUGUUCCUCGCCUUGGCUCUGCUCGGAUUUUUCUUCCUCGGUGUGUCGGUGAAUGGAGAGCAACAGGAGGAGGAGGAGGAGAGGUCCUGUCAGGGCGCCUUCGACCUCUAUUUUGUUCUCGACAAAUCUGGAAGCGUGAAGCAUCACUGGAUUGAGAUUUACUCCUUUGUGGAGCAGCUGGCAGAAAAAUUUAUUAGCCCCAUGCUGAGAAUGUCCUUCAUCGUCUUCUCCACACGAGGAACCAUCAUCAUGAAACUGACUGAGAACAGGGAGGCCAUCACUGGAGGCUUAACGGCUCUGAGAAGGGUUGUUCCUGGAGGAGACACGUUUAUGAAUUUAGGCCUGGAGAUGGCUAAUAUGCAGAUCCAUCAGGAGAAGCAUGGAACCGCCAGUGUUAUCAUCGCUCUGACCGACGGAGAGCUGAAUGAGUGGCAGUUUGACACGGCUCAGCGGGAGGCACAGAGGGCCAGGUCUAUGGGAGCCAUUGUUUAUUGUGUAGGGGUCAAAGAAUUCAACCAGACCCAGCUUGCAACUAUUGCAGACACUGUGGAACAUGUGUUUCCUGUAUGGGGAGGCUUCCAAGCCCUCAGGGGAAUCAUUGACUCGAUCAUCAAGAAGUCCUGCAUUGAGAUUUUAGCUGCCGAGCCGUCCAGCGUGUGUGCAGGAGAGAGGUUCGAGGUGGUUGUGAGUGGCAAUGGUUUUCUGCAUGCCAGAAACAUCAACCAGGUCCUCUGCAGCUUCAAACUGAAUGAUACACACUCUGUGGAUGAAAGACCAGCUAAGAUCGAGGAUACCUUCCUGCUGUGUCCUGCUCCCGUCGUAGAGGAAGUGGGGAGGGUGAUCUACCUGCAGGUGAGCAUGAAUGAGGGACUUUCCUACAUCACCAGCUCCGUUCACAUCACUACUACUGAAUGUUUUGACGGCACCAUAGUGCUCAUAUCGUUGCUGGUGGUGUUCCUGCUGUUGGGUUUGCUGCUGAUGUGGUGGUUCUGGCCUCUCUGCUGCACUGUGGUGAUCAAAGAACCGCCACCACCUCCGCCUCCAGAGCCAGAUUCAGAUGAUGAUGAUGGGAUGCCCAAGAAGAGGUGGCCCACAGUGGAUGCUUCAUAUUAUGGUGGAAGAGGAGUGGGUGGCAUCAAACGCAUGGAGGUGCGAUGGGGGGAGAAAGGCUCCACUGAGGAAGGUGCUAAGCUGGACAAACCUAAAAAUGCAGUUGUAAAGAUGCCAGAGCAGGAGUUUGAACCCUACGAGCCCAAACCUCGAAAACCUCGGCGUCGCCCCCCUCAGCAAAGGAGGUGGUACACACCGAUUAAGGGGAAACUAGAUGCUCUGUGGGCUCUGUUCAGGAGAGGGUACGACCAGGUAUCUCUGAUGAGACCGCAGCCUGGAGACCAGGGUCGCUGUAUUAGUUUUCAGCGGGUCAAAGAUGGAGAGUCCGCCUCCAACCACCAGGCUCCUCCUCGCACACAUCACUCUCCAUCACCGCCGCCUCCUCCUCCUCCUUCACCUCCGCCUGCUGAACAGCGACCUCUGGUCUCCAACUCUGUCCCUCGUACAAAGCCUCCAUCAAGAGGGCCCCGUACCACACCGCCCUCCUGCACCACACCACCCUCUCGCGCACCCCCUUCCAUGGUCCGACCCCCUCCAGGUCCACCCCCAACUCAUGCACCCCCGGGGCCCCCAGGACCCCCGCCAUCUCGACCCCCACCCAGGCUCUCAUGAUAAAGAGUGGGCCCACAAUAAACAACCGAUAUGUCAACUCAUUCUAGAAAAAAAAACACAUCCUCCUUUCAUCCCCAAGACUCGGAGACAGCAGAAAGGCCUAAAAUCAGCCAGGAGCUCCGACUUGAAGCUCUGUGCUUUGUUGCUGGACAGCAAAAAAUAUUUAUCUGAUUUCAAAAUCAGCUACUGAGUUUCAUCUUAAACAACAUUUUUGUAGAAAACAUUAUAGGAAAAAAAAACAAGCAUGUAGUUACUUGAUUAAGCCUCUAUGUACAGUGUGAGAUGUCAUGUUGAUCUAAAUGGUGAGAGUUAAGUGCAAUCCUUUAGGAUUUUUGCGUUGUUGAAAGUUAGCUUGUGACAGUUUCUGUGUGAAUGACGAUGGUUAAUACACACGUCUACUUUGAUUGUGUAGAGAAUAAUAAAGAUGAGCUAGAAGGUGGUGUGAAAUACAGCAUGUAGUGAACGAUGAUAGUUAGGUUGGAUUUUUCAAAAAUGUACAUCAACUUAGGUGUCUACAAAUCAGACUGAUGCCUAAUUUUCCCUUUUCAACCAAAGACACUUUUUCUACAACAUAGUUAACAUUUAGUGUGUAAGUUCAGUGACCUUAUUGCAACUGCAGGGCAGUUUCUCCACAUUUUAUUUAUUAUAAUACAGGCCCUGUCUGCAUCUGUUCUUUAUUUUAGUUUUGAGUAAGAUUUCUAGGUUUUCAAAUCGUUGAAGAAGGGGGCGUUGAGGUUAGGAAGCAUUCUGGCAUGCAUCUGAUAUAUCUGUGGUCUUACCAACACCUUCAAGUGAAAGAUGGAAUUGAAAAUUUGUAUCUUCAGGGUUUUCCUGUAUACUGCAUUUACCGACUGAAAUGAUCAUUUGUAUUAUUUCUUUAUUAACAACUUGUCUGUCUUCAAUAAAAGUGUUUUUUUA